AUAUGAAUUGCGAAUUCGAUACUUACCGAAAGGAUUUCUGAGCCAGUUUACUGAAGAUAAGCCAACGUUAAAUUUUUUAUACCAGCAGGUGAAAAAUGACUAUAUGCUAGAGAUAGCAGAUCAGGUGGACCAGGAAAUUGCCUUGAAGCUAGGUUGCCUUGAAAUCCGGAGAUCAUACUGCGAAAUGAGAGGCAACGCAUUGGAUAAGAAGUCAAACUAUGAAGUCUUAGAGAAAGAUGUCGGUUUGAGAAGAUUUUUUCCAAAGAGUUUACUGGAUUCAGUAAAGGCCAAAAAUCUUCGAAAAAUGAUUCAGCAAACGUUUCGACAAUUUGCCAAUCUCAAUAGAGAAGAAAGUAUUUUGAAAUUCUUUGAGAUUCUCUCACCAGUAUACCGAUUCGAUAAGGAAUGCUUCAAGUGUGCCCUUGGAUCUAGCUGGAUUAUUUCAGUGGAAUUGGCCAUCGGUCCAGAAGAAGGAAUCAGCUAUCUUACAGACAAAGGCUCUAAUCCUACCCAUUUGGCAGAUUUCCAUCAAGUACAGACAAUUCAGUAUUCAACUAAUGAAGACAAGGACAGAAAAGGAAUGCUGCAAAUGAAAAUUGCUGGAGCACCAGAGCCUCUGACAGUGACGGCACCAACCUUAACCAUUGCAGAGAACAUGGCUGACUUGAUAGAUGGCUAUUGCCGACUGGUCACGGGGGCGACACAGUCUUUUAUCAUCCGACCCCAGAAAGAAGGCGAAAGAGCUUUACCAUCCAUACCAAAGCUGGCCAACAACGAAAAGCAAGGAAUACGAUCACAUACCGUCUCUGUAUCAGCCAGGGAUUAUGAGAUUCAAAGAGAGCGGAUUGAACUGGGACGCUGCAUCGGUGAAGGGCAGUUUGGCGAUGUCCACCAAGGAGUUUAUGUCACUCCA